AUGGAAGCUGUUCCCAAACUACCUUUGAUCAGUUUUGAAUUAAAAGUGAGCCCCGAGAAUACGCAUUUUGGACCUAAACUAAAACAGUAUAUAGCAGAAGCAUAUAGAGAAGACCCAGAUAGUUAUGGAAGUGAAAUACAUCAAUUGGAAGGACUGCGUUCGGCCGCCGUAAGGGCGACUGUCGACGCUGCAGGUCUUAGUGCUCUAAACAGAUAUUUUUGCCAGCUGAGAGCGAUGCAGAGUCGAUUUCCCAUGGCUAAAGGACAACCAGUCGCUUGCACUUUUGUUUGGAAAGAUCUCUAUGCCAACAUGAGUUGUUCUUUAGCUGACAUACGAUUUGAAAUGGCUUGUAUAUUGUACAAUAUUGGAGCACUUCAUACUCAACUAGGUGCGGCAGAACCUCGUACAUCGCCCGACAGUCUUAAAGCUGCCUGCACUCACUAUCAGCAAGCUGCAUGGGCAUUUAAUUAUCUAAAAGAGCACUAUCCUCAACCGCCUGGUGCUGACGUGUCAUCUGAGAUAUUGUCACUAUUACAAGAAAUAUGUUUUGCACAAGCGCAGGAGUGCAUUUUAGAUAAAAGUAUUCAGGAUACAAGGAAAUCCAGUGUGAUUGGUUCAGUAGCAGCUCAAGUGUUGUCGUUCUACAAAAACUCUUUAGCACAUCUUGGACCCUCAACAGGAACUGAUAACAUUCAUGAAAUAAUUGGUACAAAGCUGUACAACCAUUGGCAUCGUUACCUCUCCUUCAAAGUGGGGUAUAUUGGAUGUAUUCUUUGUUUAUAUCAAGGUAUGAAUGCGGAAGAACUACAAAAGAUGGGAGAAAGAGUGGCUUACUAUCAGCAGGCAGUAGACAAAUUAAACGAAGCCAAGAAACUAGCUAAAUACAUCGAACCAGUCCAAGUGACUCAAGAAGCACUGACAUUCACGAAUGACGUUGUUGAGGGGAAGAGGAAGGCUGCUAAGAACGAGAAUGAGUUCAUAUACCAUGAGGAAGUCCCCGAUAAAGAUCUGUUGAUAGAUUUGAAGCCAGCUUGCCUUGUUAAAACUCUACCGAUUAACUUUAAUGACCCUGAGAUAUCAGGUCCCGACAUUUUCUCGCGUUUAGUACCGAUGGGAGCGCACGAGGCGGCAUCUAUGUACUCUGAGGAGAAAGCAAAAUUACUACGACAUGUUGUGACCCAGGCUGAAGCUAAAAACACGGAAUUGACGGAGUUUAUGUCUUCAUUGCAACUUGAUCAGUUAGAGGUUCUGGAUUCCGACCAAAAGAUACCGCAAGAAAUAGUCGACAGAUGCGCCGCCAUGAACGCCAAGACGGAGAUCAUUCAAUCACUUGUAGACUCGAUGAACAACUUGGCUGAAGUCAUCAGCGAUGUCGAACAUUCCCUUGCCGAGAUCAAGUCUCUUAUUCAGGAGGAAACCCUCAAAGAGAAAGAUUAUCAGAAACUGAUGGGUCCACGUCCGCCCUCUAUUGUACAAACGGAGAUAUCUAGAGAGUUCCACAAGUAUCAAGAAGCCCACACGAGGACCAACGAAAGCAACCAAGUAUUGCACAAAGCUAUGACACUACAUAUUGCAAAUUUGAAACUUUUGUCUCAGCCGUUGGAAAUACUUCAGAACAAGAUCCCGAGCAUUGAUAAUAUUGAGGGCUUGGACCGCGAAACAAUGAAAGAGAUGCGACGCGUGGUGGGGAAAGCACGCGAGAUGCAAACUCAACGCGACUCCCUCAUACAGGAGUUGAGGGAAGCCGUCACCAGCGAUGACAUCACCGCGAUUCUCCUCGCCAGGAGCUCCGAACCUCUUGACGAGAUAUUCCGGCAGGAAAUCGAGAAACAUACGCCUAAGGUGAAAAUAAUAGAACAGAAUCUGGCCGCUCAAGAGAAUAUCAUCAAUAAAUUGACGUCAUUGUAUGCGGCGUAUGGGGAGUCGAGACGGUUGCUUUCUGACGUGCUCAGGAAACGGGAAGGCCUUAUUAAUGCUUUGGUAACAUCAUAUGACGCCUACGAGGAGUUACUGGGCAAGUCACAGAAGGGCUUGGAGUUUUACAAGAAACUGUCUCACAACGUGAACCAGUUGCUGACGCGCCUACGAAGUACUUGCCAAGUGCAGGAAGAGGAGAGGGCUCAGAUGUUGUCCAAGCAGACUAACAAAGCUGCUGUUGUGACUCCAGCAAGCAUUGCGUCUGUAUCCAAACCGUCAGAUGUGGCCCCCAUACCUAUGAGCACGUCUGCUACACCCAAACUUAAGGACUACCUUCCAUAUAUGAAAAAUCGAGGCUUCGGAAGAAGCGUUACUCCUCAAGUUCAAGUUGAUCCCGUACCCACAGACACAUACUACCCUGAAUCAAUAUACCCGACUUCUGUGAGGCCCGCUCCGGUGGGAUCCGAAGCCACAGAUAUGACUCAAAUGAAUUUACCUGAUGGUGUGGUGAUGCCGUCGGCAAUGCAUAAUGUACAGAACCCAUAUAGCCGAUAUGUGGCUCCGUACGCACCAAGUGAAAGUGAACCAUAUUACGCCCAGCCUAACUAUGCAUAUCCCGUAGCAAGCAAGCCUAACUUCGACAAACCAAGUGCAGAGGAUACACCCCAUUACAGUUAUACUUCGUAUACUCCUCCGCAGUUUUCCAAUCAAUUGGCCGACCCUCAAACCUAUACUAACCCUUAUUAUUCCGCGACGCAAAACAAUUCAACUGUCGUGACCGAUUCUCAGAGUUCCGUUCAAUAUAACAAUGCGAGCCAAGCGAAUGUGAAUCCUAACGUACAGCAGUACAAUGUCUACAAUGAUCCUUACGAGCAUGUUAGCCAAUCAGGAGCAAUGCCCGAAGCGAUGUCAAUGUACAGCCCCGGGAAUCAAGCGGAUUUGAAUGCUAAGGUCGCCCAGAUGCAUAUCACGGCGCCUAAGUCCGAGUCGACGGAGAACUUUGCCACAGAAUACUCUCAGACGUAUUAUAAUAUGCAAUAUCAACAUAUACCCACAACUAAUAUGGCAACGUAUAGUAAUGCUGCACAAGAUUCCCAAACAAGUAUGGUUUCGUCGCAACUACCCCCCAAUUACAGUGUGAACUACCCUCAUACUACAGAUAUCGCAAACCAGUACAAUCAAAAUAUCCAACAAACGAGUAUUUCAAACCCGUAUAGCAGUCAGUAUCAAUAUACGAGUGCACAGAGCAACGCUCCUCAAGGCUAUGUGUACACCAGCGCAGAUAGCACCGUCACAGCAACGACUAGUGUCACAAAUGUUCCAAUAAGUGUUGCCGAUCCUUACGGCAUCCCUGGGGAAAUUAAUUCGGACUAUGCCAAUUCAUUGUCUCAGUUCGACGCAUUAGACAAACCCAUAAAAUCACAUGUGACUGGCGAAGCGUUAUCUACCUUAAAUGUACAGCCGGGUUAUCAGAAUUAUAACACCGGUGUUAGUGUUUCAAGUGACCCGAACAAUCAGCCAACUAGCACUUAUUAUCAAAAUCAAUCAUCGGAUAUGAAUUACGCCCAAACCUACCAAAAUCAUCCAGGUUACACGUAUAACGUUUCAACCGGUAAUUACGAGUACACUUAUGGCUCUCAGAACUCAUAUGCGAACUACGGUGUUGUCGAGCAAUCAAAUGUAGACUCUCAGGUGAUGGGAAAGAACCCAAAUUGGAAUCCACAAACCGUUUAUAGUAACGCUGGAGCAUGUGACACUGUACAAUCACCUUCUGAGAUUCCACAGCAGCAAGUCCCAGUGGAACAGCCAAGUAACGAUCAAACAUACUACAACCUUCCUUAUGGCUAUCAAAACAAUCCAACAGUCAUUAUGAGCCAGCCUAAUGUAGCCCCAGAGAGUGUACCACAGAGUAUACCCGAAGCUACAAAUUAUACGGCAGAUAUGAAUCAGUCUACAUACAUGCAGUCCCAUCAAGGUCCGGGCACAAGUGUCACUUACACUAACAACCAAGUGUCGUCGCCUAAAGAGAAUACGCAGGCGAAUGAACAAAAUAAUGAAACUAACUAUCAGAACACUACACCGGUAAAAACAGGAGAAACCAAAGAAUCUGAAACAAAACCUAAAGAAGAAAACGUUCCUGAAGUAAAACCUGAGCCGUCGACAUUUGAUUUACUGUCCGAUAUUGAUUUCAAUGUCGAAUACAAACCAUUAGUGCCGGAAAUAAAAGUGCCACAAGUGUCAGAAAAGGUUGUUAUUAAACCAAGUGUUGUGGCCAAACCUGAACCAGUUGUUAAGUCAAUGCCAAAGGAAGAGGUGAUAGAACGACCUGCGAAACAAGACAUAUUUUCGGAUCCUAGUUUAUUGAACAUGUUCACGCAGGAAGUGAAGAAAUUGCAGCAUUUGACGGAUUCGUUGACGAAUAAUACAGCGAGCGGCAUAACAGUUUUGGAUUCCAAAUGGAAGAUGUUACAAGAUGUGCAGAUGAAGGAGAAUAUGAGUAGAACAAAAACAGUUGCUAUGCGGCACUCAUAUGGCAAUAUUGCGUCUGAAGUAGCGCCUUUCGACGACUCGAGGGUUGUUCUUAAAUCUGAUCCAGACGCAUACAUAAAUGCUUCUUAUUAUAAGCAAUUGGCACCGUGGUGUAUACCCCUGAUGAUAUCGAAAUGCCCCUCUGAAAACGAAUUUGGAACAUUCUGGAAGGCAAUCCUAGAAUAUAAAAUCAGCUGCAUUGUUUGCUUGCUGAGUGAAAUUGAGAUGCAAGGCAAGUCAUACUGGCCAACAGCAAAGGGUCAGUCUUUGGAUCUGCCUGGAGUCAAAGUUAGCCUUGAGGAAGUUACCUGCACAGUUCAUUGGACUGAAAGAAAGCUUACCGUGUCAAGUGGGAAGACUGUCCUCAAUGUCACUCACUACCAGAUUAACGUAUUUCCAGCCAAAAUCGUAUGCUCGCCGUUGGUGCUGUUGUGCGACCGUGUGCUCGCGAGCACGUACACCGGGCGACUGAGCAACCAGUUGCGCGGCGCGUGCGUGCAGUGCGGCGGCGGCGCGGGGCGCAGUGCACUUGUGGCGCUACUGCUCGUGGCCAUGUGUCAGGCGCGCGCCGGCGAUGUGCGCCUGUGCGACAUGCUCGACGCGGCUUGCAUCAACUUAUACAAGCAUCGAACUAACGUGCUUGAAGACCCCAAAUACUUAGUGGACGCGUACAGAACAGUUUUGUUCUACGUACAAGGCGUGCUGUGUUCUGGUACAACAAUGUUCAAUGGUGAAGCUGUAUCGUUACAAAGCGGCGCGAGCGUGCUGCCGCGGACGCCGGCGAGUGCGAGGGCAACUCCGGCCACCGCUGCAACUCCGGCCACCGAUGCAACUACUGCCUCUACGGCCACAUCUCGCGCUCAUAAGUUCUCCCGGGAGUCCUUCGAGGAGAUGCGACAGUUACCAGGCCUCAAAAGCGGCGAUAUGAAAGACCCGCUCAACUUCCUAGACCCACUGUGGAGUCUUAAGAAAAAAUAA